AUGCCUGUGUUGACACCCCCACCUUCACAAGACACAGCUCUCCACUUUGACAUAUAUGCUGCGUAUCGACGCAUUCUGAUGGAUGAAGACAUAUCUGCUCCCUUGGCUGCUAUCCUUGCCCUGACCGAGUUGGUCCUGCAAUCAGAUGCCGGAACCAUGUUUGAGCUUGUCAAGGCCCUCAACGACGGUGCCGAAGCCCUCAAGAAGCGCGUGCCCAACCCGAUUGGUCUCAAUGCUGGCUGCGAAUUAUUCACCGCUUUUGUUACAUUAUUCCCACAUGAAUCCGCUAGCUUUUCUGAGUUGAAGACCGAACUAGUCAGGCAAGGGAGAAAUUAUGCAUCCGAAGCUGUCAACUAUCGUGCCAAGAUCGCAGAACUUGCCCUUGGCUUCAUCAAGGACGACUCAAUACUCACACAUUCUUAUUCUCGAGUAGUCAUGCAAACUCUUCUACAUGCACAUAAACGCAAAAGAAUCUCUGUGUAUGUGACAGAAGCAAGACCACGUGGUCUCGGAAUUAAAACUUACGAAGCUCUGACUGCGGCAGGGAUCCCAUGUACCGUGGUCCUCGAUUCAGCCGUAGCAUAUGUCAUGGAUAAGGUUGACUUCGUGCUCGUAGGCUCGGAAGCAGUUGUAGAGAGCGGCGGACUGAUCAAUGCCGUGGGCAGUAAUCAGAUGGCUAUCAUCGCAAAAGCAGAAAACAAACCUUUCUACGCUCUGGCUGAAAGUUAUAAAUUUCAUCGGCUAUUUCCGCUAUCGCAAUACGACCUCCCGACGCAUAAUCCGGGAACGCUGUCAUUCCCCCAGCUUCCACAAAAGCAAGACACAGAAUCAGUCUCCGUGCCUCUUAUUCAGCGCACAAUGACCGCAGAGCAAAUCUCGAAAAAUCCAGAUGUUGACUACACAAGACCAGAUUUGAUAUCGCUCGUCUUCUCGGAUGUGGGUAUCCUGACGCCGGAAGGUGUCAGCCAGUACCUGGUCGGAAUGUUUGCCGGCUAG